AUGAUAACAACAAAUUCACUUUUAACCCUAAAAUUCACUUUUCAAACCCUAAAAGGUGCCGUCAGCUUCAUCUUCUCUUCAUUGUUCAGCUUCAUCUUCUUGAACCCAACCUUCGUCGUUCAUCCAUCUUCAUCGUUCAGCUUCAUCUUCUCGAACCAUCUUCAUCACUGCCCUUCAUCGCACCCAGCUUUCAUCGCCUUCAUCGUCACCUUCAUCAUUCAUUACGGUGUCUUCCUCGAGCGUGCCAUCGCCGUCACCAAAAUCCUAACCUCCAUUACGCUGCCAUCUAUCUCAUUGUCGCCACCUUUCGCGCUCAAGAUCGCAACUAGGUUCGUCGUUGUGUUAGCCAGCUCGCCAUUCCUCGCUAGUUCGCUGUUCUGGUCGUCGUGCUGCUCGCCCCUCUCUCUCGCGGUUCUGCUCGCUUCUCUGUCGCAGUUCUGCUCGCGGUGCUGCUCGAAGGGUCCAAGAAAUCAAAGCCAAAAUCCAAUUUUUGCAGCUGUAAAAUUCCACCUGCUAAAUUCGAAUCUCUGUUUCUUAAGAAAUCAGUCCUGUUCAGUACAUAGAAGUGAUCAGGGGAUGUUGAAUUACGAUAUUUUAAUUCUUGAUUGGCAACCGAUUUUGGCUGGAAUUUGUGUUAGUGAUAAUAGAAGCAGAAAGAGAAUACCUUCAAACUUUGAGAAUAGAUUUCUACUUCAAUGGCUGGUGCCAGUGAAAGGUGGAUUGAUCGUCUUCAGUUUUCCUCAUUGUUCUGGCCACCCACUUUAGAUGAACAACAGCGAAAGGUACCAUC